AAUGCGCAACCUGCAACAUCCGGGUCCUGUCUCCGUCGCUCCGUGCCGCUCAGGCUAACGUUAGCUAGCAAGUUGUCAGGCUGUCAAGUGGAGAGGCUGGGGCAGACGUUUCAGCUUCCCUUCCCCUGGCUUGGCCGCAUAAACCACCGGCCACCCCCCAAAAAGCCACGAGAAAAUCCGUUUGAAUAUUCUCGCCAGCUGAGAUAAUGUAAUGCAUCACGGACGUACGCAAAGAGGGAUCUCCGCACCUACACAAUUUAUAUGCACCGAAUCUUGAGUGACGAUUGCUCGCUGCUAACUGGCUAGCUACCUUAGCUAAACCGCCGUAUACCCCCUAGUUUCGUCGGUGUACCCUCUCUGGUGCGAACUGCGGCCAGUCGGUCAUCGUCCCUGUUGUAUCUUCCGCUGGUGUCGACUAGUAUUUUGGUAUUUGGCUUUUAAAGGGACACAAUGGGUGCAUUUCUGGACAAACCAAAGAUGGAAAAGUAUAAUUCCCAUGGUGAAGGUAACAACCUGAGGUAUGGGCUGAGCAGCAUGCAGGGUUGGAGGGUUGAGAUGGAGGAUGCACACACAGCGGUAAUUGGUCUGUCUCAUGGUCUCGACCUGUGGUCAUUCUUCGCUGUUUAUGAUGGGCAUGCUGGCUCUCAGGUGGCCAAGUACUGCUGUGAGCACCUGCUGGAGCACAUCACCAGCAACUCAGACUUCCAGAGUGCUCUUCAGGAUGACCCCUGUGUGGACAGCGUGAAGAAUGGUAUCCGCACUGGGUUCUUGCAGAUUGACGAACACAUGCGAACCAUCUCCGAGAAGAAGCACGGUGUGGACAGAAGUGGCUCCACUGCAGUGGGGGUAAUGAUUUCUCCAAGCCAUAUCUACUUCAUCAACUGCGGCGACUCGCGUGGGCUCCUCAGCCGGGGUGGCACUGUGCACUUCUUCACACAGGAUCACAAACCUAGCAACCCACUGGAAAAGGAAAGGAUCCAGAACGCCGGUGGUUCAGUCAUGAUCCAGCGAGUUAAUGGGUCCCUAGCAGUGUCGCGUGCUCUGGGAGACUUCGACUACAAAUGCGUGCAUGGAAAAGGCCCGACAGAGCAGCUUGUUUCUCCGGAGCCUGAAGUUUAUGCAAUAGAGAGAAGCGAGGGGGAAGAUGAAUUCAUUAUAUUAGCUUGUGAUGGCAUCUGGGAUGUCAUGGCCAAUGAAGAACUGUGUGACUUUGUGAGGUCAAGGCUAGAGGUUACGGAUGAUCUUGAAAAAGUCAGCAAUGAAAUUGUUGACACCUGCUUGUACAAGGGAAGCCGGGACAAUAUGAGUGUUGUGCUAGUCUGCUUUCCUGGGGCCCCAAAGGUAUCUUCAGAAGCAGUGAAACGAGAAGCUGAGCUGGACAAAUAUCUGGAGGCCAGAGUAGAAGAGAUAAUCAAAAAGCAUGGGGAUGAAGGUGUCCCGGAUUUGGUCCAUGUGAUGCGGACGUUAGCAUCUGAGAGCAUCCCUAACCUUCCUCCUGGUGGGGAGCUGGCGAGCAAACGAAGUGUUAUUGAAGCAGUGUACAACAAACUUAUCCCGUAUCGAAGUGAUGACACAGACCCAGUCAUCCUCCUCUUCCGUGGUUUCAGCUAAAAUGAGGGCUAAUCAGAACAUGUCAAGCAAGCAUUAGUUGCCACGCAUUUGUCGAUCACUGUAAUUAUCCACCCUCACUAAAUAAUAUAUUUAAUGUGGUUUACAUCUCCAAAACACAAGUAGUCAUUCAUCGUUUCACUCCCGGCGUGUUCAGCGUCCAGUCUUUUCAAACUGUUAUGUAAGUAUAAUUUUAAAUACAGUAUAAGACAAAGAUGGAAAUUCAUAAGUUAUUAUGGAGGGGUUUUAACUUAAUAUGUCUACGGACCAACUAUUUUAACAACAUAGCUGGAAAAGAAAUCCACACAAAACCGAUUUAGUAACGUGUUAAAGGUGUGUGUGAUGACUGUUUUACUCUUGUAGUCUGCAAAUCAUGAAAAAAAAGCUGUCAUUCAAACUCUAUUAUUGAGUUCUCUGUUAUCACACUACAGGAACAUUUUCUACAAAACAGACAUUGCAGGUAUGCAAGGACACUUCAGAGGCCUAAGGCUCAGAUAAAGGCAGUUGAGCUGUAUGAACCUGUGAAAUUCAGUUCACAGGUUUUAAUGAAAUUAUAAAAGACAGCAUCAUCAGGGCCAGCCAGACUAAGGGAAACACCUGAAGUGGUUUAGUUUUGUCUUCUUUUCUAGAAAACAUCUCAUAACAAGUUUUAAGACAAAACUGAGUAAUAUGAAUAAGGCUAUAAAGGUAUAUAUAAAUAUAUGUCCUGCCAGUUUAUAGAGGUGCAGAGGUGGUGAUUGAUUUAUUGCAACCAUUUUUUCCAGGGUGAAAUGACUGUACAGCAUACUUCUUUAAUGACUUUAACAAAAUAAGGAUUGCGUGCACAAGUCUGAAAUUAUUUUGGACUUUCUCUAAUACACCCAUCUUUAAUAACUGGUGCUGAAAAUUCUGUGAUGCCUUUCUUUAGUAUUCAGAAUCGACUAGAGCUGGUUCUUUCUCUUUGCCAACAUAAAAUGAUUUGUUUGACAGCACUCAUCGGAUUGAUCAUAAUUCAGAGCAGUGAGAACGUCCAAGCAACUCUGUGAAGAUCUAAAAUAGAGAAUUUACAUAUGUUGGGAAGGUCUCUUGGAGCUAUUUCUAAACAACUGGCGAUUCCAGGAUCAUCAAUUAAAUAGUUUUAUAUAAGUACAAGUUAUUCACAUAUGUCACUGACACAAACCAGCCAAGGUUUGGAGGAAAAUUCAAUCAAUCACCCUCGGAUGAGAAUAAAUUGGUUAGGACCUUCAGGAACAACGAAGGAACCAACAAAGCUCAAGCCUGUCAUGAAUUGAAAUAUGUAGAAACACCAGCAUCACUGUCUACAGUGAACCGCGUUUUACAUCACCUGUACUGAAAGGGUGCUGACCAAGAAAGAAGCUCCUGCUCCAAAACCUUCAAGCUAAACUCUAAUUUGUAGCUGCCCACGUGAAAAAGCCAAACGCCUUCUGGAGGAAAUUUUUGUGAUCAGAUAAGAUGAAAAUUGAGCUAUUUGUAUAAAUCACCAGGUAAAUGUUUAUAGGAGUAAAGGUGAGGCUUUCAACCAUAAAAACUCUGUACCAGCUAUCAAGCAUAUAAGUGAUAGCAUCAUGCUCUGGUGCUGUUUUGAUGCCAGUGGUGCUGGAACAUUGUGCAGAGUUGAUGGAAUAAUGAAGCAAGCAGUACUACCUUCAAAUUUUUCAACUUCAACUCAACAGGUAGACAGCGUAGUGUUCCAACAGGUCAGUGAUCCCAGAAAUAUAUCAAAACUGGUUUUGUAAUGGAUAAAGCAGCCUAGCAUUAGCAGCCUAGUUUCUGGAAUGGCCUUUCCAAAUUCCAGGCUCACCCAAUUGAAAAUUUCUGUACUAUGCCUAAAUCCAGCUCCGUCUCCGAAAACUAACGAAUUUAAAUAAACUCUGCUAUUUCUGCCAAGAGGAGUGGUCAAAUAUCCUGCCCGGAUUAUGCCAGAAGCUUGUUGAUGGCUACAAAAACCAUCUGAUCAAGGUGCAGCUUGCUAAGGAAUAUUUAACCAAAUAUUACUGCAAAUGUGCUUAUAUAUUUGAACCUAUAUGUGAAAUUUUGACCGCAGGUGUAUUAGAGAGAUACACCUGGUGUCAAACUUGUACACCCAAUUCUUGUUUUUUAAAGUCACUAAAGAUAUAUGCUGUACAGUUAUUCCACCUGGAAAAACAACAGCUCAAGGAAACCAUUAAAGCACAAAAUUACCAUAACAUUCAUCCCUCUGAUGAGUCUGUGUAAACUUCUGACCACAACUGUAUCUGGCUCUUGAAGUAUUGCCCCUAGUUGCAGCUACUAAACUGUAAAACUCCUCUUAGUUUGCUGCUAAAUGGUUUAUUUUUGGUGCUUUUGCCUUUGCAUACAAGUUUUGUUUCUGAUUAGCUUAGUCAGGAUUUUUUCCCCCCUUUACAUCAUGGACUAGAAGUAGUAAAUCCCAUUUUUAAAGGAACCAGGCCAGUAAAUGGAGUCACAGCAGUAAUAUUCACUGUAAGUCUACAAAGCAGCAGGGUCAACUCUUGCAGCUUUUCCACUGGACCAGUGUUGACAAGUCACUGUUUCUAUGCCAACAGUGUAUUCAGCGAAGGUGAUUUUGAAAUUGCCUUCAUGUUGAAUGUUAACAGGCGUUUAUAGGGGCUUUAUGUUUUAAAGCCCUAAAUACAUGUUGCUGAUAGAGAGGAAUCACAUGAGCUGUACAACCCCUGGCAAAAAUGAUGCAAUCAACACACUUAGAAGAUGCUCACUUGACUGUUUUUACUAUUAACGACUAAACAAAUCACAAAACUGUUCCUUUUUUGAUCAAUAACUGAACAUUCUUGAUGCAUGAAAUUUACUCUGAAUAAAUUUAGUUAUUUUAGUUAAUGACACAUUUUCCCCCAAAUCCAGUAAACGAAAAACAGUCGGAACAUCUUUUAAUCUUUUUUAUCUAAAACAAAUAUAGACAAAUCUAAAUCUGCAAAAUAGUCUGCAGUUAAAAGAGAGUGUUUGCAGACCACAGUGAGUUGUUGCGCUUGAUGUAAUGAAAGGAAGCAUGGCUCUAACAAGAGAGCUGUCAGUUGAAACAAUGGAAAUGAUUAUACAAGUCUUUCAAGAAGGAAAUCCAGCAUGUUGGUUUAGCCAUUCAGCUUUGUCUAAAAUGGUGAGAAAUGGUGAGCAAGUAGAUUAAUUUGAUGUUGGGGUGAAAAAAAAUUGAAUCCCGGAAAUUGAACUUUGUUGCAGCCAUUCAGGGUUUUAUGGUGGGUGGGCAAAUUCACUAUUCUUCAAUUUCCACCUUGAAUUUUUACUGAAGUUGAGAUCUGGACUGUUUGCUGGCCGUGUUAUUGAGCCGUUAUGCCUUUCCUGAUGAAAAGCUUUAAGGCUUUUUGCUCAGGGAAAUGAGAAAAAUGUCCAAAAUGUAAUUGUCCAUCUGUGCAUUUACUGUAGAGGUAAAGCUUGCCAUCUCCUCUGGAACUUUAGCUAACGUGACCCCGUAGCAUAAACGAGUAGAGGAGAAUCUGUUUGUUUGCGCUUACAUCUUUUAUAUGUGUGAAAUUUCCAGAUAUAUAUUUUAUAGCCUUUCAAUUUAGUUUCUGCUUGGUCCAAAUGUUAAACACGGCUGACUGGGAGUAGUCAACAUAUUUUGCAAUACUCUGUGCUCCUGUUGGGGGCAUGCUUCCUUUAAAGCAAUCAGGUGCAACAGCUCAGCGAGGUCCGCCAUCGCAGACUAUUUUGCAUAUUUUGAUUUGUGGAGGUUUGUUUUAAUAAAGCAUAUUUCCUCUACCUAACCUUGCUAGGGUUUGUGCUUCUCAUUUUUUCUUGGUCCAUCAUUAAACUUCACCUCAACCAACAGUGGUGCUGAGCUAAGUUGCUGAUUUAAAGGCUGAAUCUUUCCUGAGCGACGGACCCAAGCACUUCUGUUCCUGCUUGUACGACCACAGAUCAUUUAACCAACACAGCCUAUGGAUCAGCACUUAAAUCCAAAGCUUAAAGCUGUACUGUACUUUAUUGAACUAUGUUGUAUCUUCUGGUCAAAAUCAAGGCCUGAAGAUCUGAUAGGAACAAAUCACAGUCACAUAAUGUUCUGUCUGAAUCUGUGUCCAUAAUUAAAACCUUGAA